CUUGUCAGGAAAGCAAAGUUUGGGUGAUCUAUUGAUUGAUCGAUCGAGAAUGAAGACCGGGAUGUUGCUGAUCGUCGUUUUUGCCACACUCCUCGUCACCCAAAAGCCCGUCACUGCGCAGCUCAGUCCCUUGUUCUAUGCUCGGAGCUGUCCCAAUUUGCAAGCCUUGGUGAGAAGAGUAGUCCAGCAAGCCGUCUUUCAAGAGCCCAGGAUGGCCGCUUCGCUGCUUCGCCUGUUCUUCCACGACUGCUUCGUCCAAGGUUGCGAUGCCUCCAUCCUCCUGGACGAUACCUCGAGCUUCACCGGGGAGAAGACCGCAGUCCCGAACCGGAACUCCGUCCGAGGAUUCGAAGUUAUUGACAACAUCAAGUCGGCGGUUGAGAAUGCAUGCCCGAGAACAGUCUCCUGUGCUGAUAUCCUCGCUCUUGCAGCUCGCGAAAGCGUCCUAGCCUUGCAAGGACCAGCAUGGAGUGUUCCUCUGGGACGCCGAGACAGCACCAUUGCAAGCCUCGCCUCAGCCAACAAUGAUAUUCCAGCUCCAACUUCGACACUCUCACAGCUCAUCUCAAAGUUUCAGGCCAAGGGACUGUCGAUCCAAGACUUGGUCGCAACCUCGGGUGCUCAUACGAUCGGGCUUGCUCGCUGCGUGACCUUCCGAGACCGUCUCUACAACUUCAGCAACACCGGAGCUCCAGAUCCAAAUCUCAACAGGUUCUUCCUUGCAAACUUGCAGCAGCAGUGCAGCCCCUCGACUUCAUCGGACAAUAGCCUCUCCGCCCUCGAUGUCAGGAGCCCGAAUAGAUUUGACAACUCGUACUUCGUCAACCUCCAAUUCAACCGGGGACUUCUCAACUCGGACCAAGUUUUGGCAUCCACGCAGAACGGUGUCGCUCAGGGGCUUGUAAGCUUGUAUGCUAACAGGCCGUUUCAGUUCUUCAGAGAUUUUGCGUCGGCAAUGGUCAACAUGGGGAACAUCAGUCCGCUCACGGGCAGUGCGGGACAAAUCCGAACCAGCUGCCGCGUUGUCAAUUAAUGAUGUUAUAACAGAGGAAAAAAAAAACGAUUUUUGACGGCUGUGGGAUUUGA